CGGCGAGCUCCCGUCCAUUCCCUCGUCUCUCUGGAUAGGGGAUCUGGAAAAUUUGCUGCUCUCUUGAUCGAGCGGUGAAACUUUCUCACCAUUCAUCCAUCCGGCGAAACUUCCACUGAUGAAUCGGACUUCCCAAACCUUUCCACGCUCUCGCUCCAAAUGACCAAAAGCCAGAGGAGGAGGGUUUCGCAGCAACAACGUGGGCGCCCACGGCCCGCGCCCGGUCAGCGAGGAAACAGAUCGAAAAAAAACAAAAGCCGCUGACGUCACGAUCUCGAGGCUCGCGAUUCCCAACAAUCUCUUUAAAAAGCUUCCUCUCGCCGAAUCCCCCUCCACCUCCACCACCCGCCGCCGCCGCCGCCGCCGCCGCCAUGGCCUCCGACCUGCGCCCGCCGGAGCACCAGGUGGCGGGGCACCGCGCGUCCGCCGACAAGCUGGGCCCGCUCGUCGACGGCGAGGGGCUCUUCUACAAGCCCCUCCAGGCCGGGGAGCGCGGGGAGCACGAGGCCGCCUUCUACGCCGCGUUCACCGCGCACCCGGCCGUCCCGCCCCGGGUCCGGGGCGCCUUCUUCCCGCGCUUCCACGGCACCCGCUUCCUCCCGGCCCCAGCCAGCCCCGGCGGCGCGCCCUACCCGCACAUCGUCCUCGACGACCUCCUCGCGGGCCUCCCGUCCCCCUGCGUCGCCGACGUCAAGAUCGGCGCCUGCACGUGGCCGCCGCGAUCCCCGGACCCCUACGUCGCCAAGUGCCUCGCCAAGGACCGCGAGACCACCAGCGCGCUCCUCGGCUUCCGCGUCUCCGGCGUCCGGGUGGUCGAUGCCCGGGGCGGCGCCGUGUGGCGCCCGGACCGGUCGGAGCUGAAGGGGAUCGACGCCGCCGGGGUCCGCCGCGUGCUCCGCCGCUACGUGUCCACGGGCGGCGGCGACGGCCUGGACUGCGCGCUCGCCGCCGCGGUGUACGGAGGGGAGGGCGGCGUCCUGGCUCAGCUGCGGGAGCUCAAGGCGUGGUUCGAGGAGCAAACCCUGUACCACUUCUACUCGGCGUCGAUUCUGUUCGGCUACGACGCCAAUGCGGCGGCGGCGGCUGCUCCCGGAGGUGGAAGCGGCGGUGUAAGGGUGAAGCUGGUGGACUUCGCGCAUGUCGACGAUGGGGACGGGGUGAUUGACCACAACUUCUUGGGCGGGCUCUGCUCGCUCAUCAAGUUCAUCGGCGACAUUGUCGCCGAGGUUACCGAGAAGGCGUCUUCAGAUCAUUCUUGAAAAUUUUGUCAGCUUGGAGAUCAGAUGAUUAAACGGUCCAACAUUGUGUUCUUGCAAAUGUCACACAUAAUAAAGUGCCAUCAAAUGGAGAAAGAGUCAAUUGUUUGAAAGAGGAAACUUCACCGAGCUGCCGGUAACGUAAAUGCGAAGCGACUCACCGGCAGCUCUCCCGGCAAACUUACGGCAACUGAUACCUUUUUUUGCAUACCCCCCUUUAAAACCAUGGGAUUCGGGGUGCAUUGGAUCUUACUCUUUAGUUGUAUUAAAGAAAUGGUGAACAAAAGAUGGGCGUUGUCAUUCCACCGAGAAAGAGUUCUUUCGCUAUAUUUCAUACUUGCAGUCUCAUAGGGAAUUUUGCAAAGAAUUGUCCGAGCAUCAUUGCAGGCCAAACACCUGCCUUUUCUGAAAACAUAUUUAUACGAACAGACAUCUAACGAAUGUUUUUCUUGUAUGAAAGUCGACCAUAAGCACCAAACUCUGAUAUUCGAAACCUAGUGGUGUGGUAUUAACCAUUUUGUGUAAUUUUAGCGA